AUGGCCUCAAGCCCACUCUACGGUGAACCUCCAGGAAGUAUCAGGGAGCUACUCUCUAGUACCUCCACUGUCAAGAAAUACGUCAGUGUUAUUACGAAGACAUACGAAGCGAGCCUUGAGAGUCCUCUAGAUGGCUCUAUUCACCCAUCUUUUCGGGUUGAGAAUAUAUCUCGCGAUUGUACGACUCUUUCACCUGCUCGUCCUAUUUUCGAAGAAAGUACCGACAAGCCUGCUCUCUUACUGAAAACUCAUGAAGAUGUAAUGGAUGAAGAAGACGCCUUUAAGAAGGCCAUGAAAGAGUAUGAGAGCACAGCAAAGUACAAGACCGGAAUCAAUCCCGAUAGCGAGCAUACAAUGAAGGAGCUCGAAUCUGUGGUGGCAGAAGCCAUUGAAAAGCAUUGUGCAAAAGACAAGCGAGGAUUUUGGGGCAAAAUUGGCCAUGCAUGCAAAAUCCUAGGCGAAAGCAAAGACGACAUUGAAGGCUGGCUAGGGUUGCUUCCGAGCGAGUCGCAAUACUUCUCUGUGGUUUGUGGAGGCUUAAAACUUAUCCUCAAGGCUGCCGCUCGAAUGAAACACGUGCACGACAAAGUCUUGGAAGCCUUGGCUCAAAUUCCCACGAUCCUUAAUAGCGCACAGAGAGUCUUGAAAAUCUACAAAGGCUUCGAAAAGCUGUCGUCACUGAGCAGAACAUUUUAUUCAUCUAUUCUAACAGUUUUAGGGCACAUACUAAAAUUUCUGCGUCAAAAGUCCCGGAAGAACUUUGUAGUCGUGUUCCAGCCUGCAAAUUUUCAAGAGAAAUUGCUCGAAAAAGUCGAAAAUAUGACUAGAAAUAGGAAUGCUUUCAACAGUGAGGCUGACAUUUGCCAAAAAGAGAUGAUCAGCAGACUAGCAAUUGCUGAGAAGCAAGGCAGCGAAGCAACAGCAGAAGAAAUACGGAACAUCAAUCAUAUAAUUAAAAUUUCGGUCUGCGAACAGAAUCGCGCCCUUCGAGUCAUUGUCGAGAUGCAACAGAUGCUAGACACAAUGAAGCGGAGGCAGAGCGAGAUGGGCAAUGACAUAGGCAUUAUUAAAGAGGCUGUAACCAAGCCUUCUCUCACCAUCGAACUCCUCAGUGAGGUCUUAAGAGGCGGUAACAACGUGCGUGCAGCAGCGUUAUCUUUAUACAAACAACUAGAAACACCAGAAGGUGUCAAGGGCCGACCACUACUUCCAGAAGCCUUGAAGAGAGAGACGACCUCAGUAGCAAAGUCCAGCGGAUAUCGUCAACAAUUACUAUCCCAGCUUGACUAUGAUCAAAAUGCCGCCGGAGCUGAUAUGAUGUCAAACUACGGCCUGGGAUCCAGGUUCUCGCGGGAAGAUCAAGAUCGAAGCAUUCAUAUCAUCAAGUCAGCUGAGCUAGCGACCUGGGUGACCACCGAGAUAUCAGCGGUCUUGAUCAUAAAUGGUAAUAUCCGUAGUGUGCAGCGGCAAUCUGCUCUCUCCUUUAUGUGCGCACGCCUUGCCUUUGCGCUGGAGCAGAUCCGCUCGCCUGAAGACGCCUCACCAUAUGACGGCUGUCUGGACAUUGUGCCGCUCUACUUCUUUUGUGGGCAGCACGCCACAGGCGACUACACCUGGGAGAGUCCAGCGGGGAUUGUCAACAGCCUCCUGGCGCAGAUAAUUACAUUGCAUAAGGGCCUGAAUCUCAAGAAGGCUGUGAAAAUGGGGAGCUUCGACGGUGCUGACGUUAGAGCCGUGCUCAAGCGCUUUGCGUGCGUGCUCGCGCAGAUAUCGGCAGGCACCACAGUGCUUUGCAUUAUCGAUGGGCUGUCGUUCUAUCUCGACAAACGUGAAACUGCUGCUGACGCAGAGCUGCUGAUUCAUCAGUUACUCAAGCUGGCGCGGCCGAAGACACGCAAGCUGGCUUGCGUUUUCAAAGUGCUACUUACAGCACCCAACCGACUUCACACCUCCGAAGUAGACAAUAUCAGUCAGGAAAACAUACUAAACAUUCCAGCUAAACCUGCACGUACAGAAGGAUUUACUGCAAUGAGAUGGCAUCUUAGCAUUGGCCAACAGCUUCAAGAGUUGGCUGAAGCGGGAAACUAG